AUGAAUUUUUUUCUGCUAAUCUGUUUAUCAAUUUCGACUAAGGAAACAGUUGACUCAUAUGUAUCCAGCUUUAGCAGUGUUUACAUCGACGUUGAUGAAGAACAAAUCAGAGAAAUCACAUUUGAUAGAAAUGAACUUACUGUUAUUUUCCCUGAAAUGAAUGGCAUCAUUGUCGAAGUUUACAUAUUAAAUGGACUCGGCCACCAAAAAAUUACUCAAAUUGAACCUGCAGAUGGUCCGUUUGCAAUCCAUUCUGGAAACGCAAUGUGUGAAUUCCGUCUUAAAUCUAUUCAAAAAGCAACCGUUAAAAUCGACAUUAUAGCAGAUUCUCCAAAAUGCGAAUCUGUAUUUUAUUCAUCCAGAUCUCGCGAAAGAUUCCAAAUUUCAGAUUCGAAAUUAGCAAACGUUUCCCUAAGUAAAUCAUCUAAGAUAUGCUUUAUGCAUUCUCCUAGCCAACUUAUUGAAUUUAACGUUGUAGCCCAAGGAUCCGGCUAUUCAUUAAAUUACUUUAAGCAAGACAAAGAGCAGCAGUUGAUAGAAUCUGGAAACAACCAAUUCUACCAUAAUGUUACAGAUAAACCGAUCUAUUUCGUUUUCAACGCAAAUUCACCUUACGUUGAAGGAACGUUCCAAUAUAUUACGACAAAAUACAAUGAAGGAAAUUCAGAAGGGUUAGUUUUGAAAUAUAAUAAUACUCGAGAUUCAUUUAUCAUCAAAGGGAAUAAGAAAAUCCCUAUUAAAAUAGUAGAUGAGUUCAACAAUGAUAAUCCUAACUACCUUGAUGAUGAUAAUGAUGAAAUUGACAGUCAAGAAAAUCAAUUGUUCAAAAUUUCGACUUCAGACGAUGAUCCAACGCCGACACCUUCUGUAGCCCCUGAAAACAUAGAAAAUACAAAUAGUAAUCCAAUUCCAGAGAAAAAUGAAUCUCAUUUUGGAAAUUAUCAAGAAAUUAAAGAAGAUGACCAUCACGUUUGGGCUGCUGAUGAUCCAUUUGAUGAAGGAUCAAAUGACAGGAAUUAUGAUAAUGAUGAAUCGGAUGAUGAAAAUUUAAUCAAAGAAAAACAAAGAAUUGUAAGGCAAAAGUCAAAAAUGAAUAACAUCUAUAUCAUGAUCUUCACUAUUUUAUUAUUAUCAUAA